AUGUGGUUGCAGUUUCGGUUGCGAGGUGGAAAUGGUCCGCACAACGAUGCCUGUAGCAGGGAGUACAUCCUAGCGGUGCUGGAAGACAUCUUGGCCGGAGACAACAAGUUGAUUGAGGAAGCAGAAAGCAAGAUUGAGCUCAACCUGAAACAACCGAAAUUUGUCCAAAACCUGCUCAACUGCGCAGUGACCAACAAGCUCAGUGUUGACAUCAGGCAGCUAGCUGCAGUAAUCCUCAGGAGAAGGAUCCAAGAGUUCUGGCCUGUUCUAGAUGACAAACAGAAAGAGAAUUUCCAAGAAGAAGUAUAUACUGCACUCUUUCAAGAUUCAACGCUAGCGUCUUUGAAGCUCAGCAGAGCGUUGGCAGCUUUGAUAGGUGAAUCGGCUGGCGUCUCGUCAUCGUUCACAUUUUUCCAUUCCACGAUGAAAAAGUUGUUCGAAUUGUCAAAACAUGAGCAGUUACCCUUGCGGAGCAUUGCGCUGGAACUGUAUUCCAAAAUUUCGGAUAUCUUUGACGCUGGGGCCGAUGAGAUGGGAGGUUACGUUGACCAGCUCUCUGAGGCUGCCAUAGAAUCCAUGUCACACUAUCACAACCUUGUAAGGAAAAAGGGCAUCAAGCUGGCCCUCAAUCUCAUGACAAGAGGACAGCAAUAUAAUCUCAAGUACUCCAUGCUGGAAAUGUCCCAUAAGACCUUUUCAAGAGCGGUCCACGAGAAAGAUUCGAAAAUGAUUCUCUCUUGCGUUGAUUUCUACGUCGAAGUGUUCACGUACUGCUGGGCUCUAUUUGACAUUGCACGGCUUGAUGACAUCAUUGAGUUGGCCUUCAGGGCUUCAGAAGCUCCUGAGGUGAGCUCGACCGCGAGGAAGAAGGCGAUCUUCUUGUUGGCUGAGAUCGCAUCUCUACGAGGAGACGCUGUUGAGGAAAGAAAGCUGGUUGGAAACAUUCUUGCAAGGGUGGUAAGGCAGCUCGAGGCUGUUUUCAAGGAUUUGGAGGUAGCACAAAUCUGUGACGUGUUGUCCACCGACCACGAGGGAAACAUAGAUGCGUUUGAUGACGACGGAGAGUUUGAGGAAGGAAGCUCCACUUUGGAAACAUACAGAUCUGACAACUCAACAUUAAUCCCGGAGUAUAAGAUGCUCUUAGGAAAGCUGAUGGACUCAAAGUCCUCGAAGAAUGCGACACUGCUGGCUUUCAGAUACGUCCAAGGCGAAGAGGACGAGCAGUGGGAGAAAGAGACGGACAAGAUGAAAUCAAUGCUUCUUCGGAUCAUGCUCAUUGAAAGUUUUUGUUACGGGAAAUCAUCGGCUGAUGGCUUGAGAGAAGCGAAUUUGGUUAGUCGAACUUUGAACAUUUUAUCAAACAGACACUUGAUAGACGCCAAAGAAAUCAGUGGCUAUGUCUUCCAGACGUUCUGCUCAUUUGUCAACUCAUUUCCGGAAGAGAUCCGGUCGGACCUGGACGAAAACAUUCUCAUGUUUGUUGUCUCAAAUCUGCACAUAGAGACCCACGGGAAAACCUGCAGCCUCCUUCUCGAGUUUAUAGAGAGCCUAGCCAAAGCUUCUUGUCCAUCCCUGGUCGACUACGUUCCCAAAGUCCUCACGUUCUUGUUCGAGCAGUUCGCCUCCGACAAGUUGCUUCUGCACGAUCGAGCGCUCAAGUGCCUCUGCUGCAUCAUUGCCUCCUUCGAGCUGGCCGACGAGACGAUGGAGAAGUCUAUCACGGCAGUUGGAAAUCUUUAUGACAAGCUGGCAAAUCACUCGCAAGGCAAGGAGGAUGAACUUGACGACAUGUUGAUCCGUGCGGAAUGCGUGAAGAGCCUCGGGAAGUUCCUCACUCGGAGCAGCUCGAAGACGCUCAAGGAGUACUCCUUCCUCUGCAUGGAGAGGAUCCUGAUGGCGUUCAUGGGCCCCGAAAAAGAAACGAUCCUAAGAGAAGCAGCGCUGGAGUCGCUUGCUGAUGUGAUCUCCGUCCUCCAGCAGGCGUUCCAGCCCUUCCUGGACAUUGUCAUUCCACCGUUGAAAGCUUGCCUGGAUCCUUCCCAGACCCUGGAAGACUAUAUCUACCAGGGGAAGGCUGAUGAUGUCGAUCAGGCGGAGCUGAACAAGGUGGUUCAGCGAGCGAAGGACACUGGCGAGAAAUCCAACGAGGAGAAGGCGAACGCUGUGAAGCUGUGCAGGGUGUUAGCUGAGAACCUGGGAGAAAGCUUCUCGCCGCACCUCAGGGGCAUCUUCAAAUCCAUCAUCAGCAUGCUCCAAAUUCGCAACCUUCAGAUCUGCAAGGAGUGUCUGUGGACCGUCCAGACCCUCGUCACCUUCGCGGUGACUUACUGGUCUCGUCCCUCGCUUGAUGAAAGGCAGCCUCCUGCCCUCCACGCCGUCUCAGAGAACUUGGCAGACGAGGCUAUACACUCUGUGCUGCAAAUCAUGCGGAAGAGCAGCGAAGGAGAACUGACGGGUAUCGCUUGUCGAACGCUCGUCGGGAUCUUUGAGAUGGUGCGAUGGAACUUCAUGAAGGAUUAUCUCGAGAAGGUCACGGAAGUGAUGAAGCAAAUCAUGGACCACAACAUCGAGGCUUCCAUCGCUUUGGAGUUCGACAACGUCGAGUAUCUCUUCUCCAGUCUGCUCCACGCCGUCUGCAUGAUCUCAAAGCUCUGGAAGGAGCAUCGGUUGACCAAGGAGGAGCUUGAAAUGCGGGAAGGCACCUCGAACUCAAAACUCUUUCGUAACUUCUUUGACGAAGUUUUCCCGAAUUUCCUUGAGUGGUCAUCGUCUCACCAACCCAUGUGGAUGCAGAGGUUGGCGCUAGGAGCGGUUGGAAUUGUCUUCACCGACAUAGCUGUGUCGAAGAGCAGUCUCCCCCUCGACCGAUACUCCUACUACAUGAUUCCUGUGCUCAACUCCAGCCUGACAAGCAUCCUGUCAAAGUUUUCGAGUGGAAAGGGGGAUGACGUCGACAUGCGACUCUCUGAGAAAACAACCAUCGGGGCUUGCUAUGGAAUAUUUGAUCUUCUUCUCAAGCUCACCGACGUAAAGGAAAUCAGCGGCUUCGCUCGAGACAACAUUGUAGCAAGUCUGUCCAGAUUGCUCUGCUCAAGGUUCUUCUUCGUUAAUGUGGAAAAAGGCGACCAGGCGAUCAAGUUGUUCUUCGACUCCUUCCCUCUCCGACACGAUGUCUCCGAGAACAUGGCCCUUAUUGUCUUCUUCAAGCGCCUUAUCUUCUCAGACGCUCGCUUCCCCAACCUCUGCGACUUCAUCGUCGAAAACUUCGGAAAGUUCCUGGAGGAUCCCCAGCUAGAGCCCAAGAUCUCCAAGCCGGUCAGGGACGCUGCCGUCGACCUUAUAGAGUUCGUCACCGGGGCCAACCCGAACGUUCCCCUCGAUCCCUUUAUGGAGCCAGGCUGA